AUGGAAUUAUUUGAUAUUAUAUUUUCUUCUAAUCACCUUCUAGAAAAUCAAGAUUUAACAAAUUAUUUAAUUGAUCUUCGUCGUUUACUUGUUCCAAAUGGUCUUCUUUUAUUACUUGAAUUAGUUCAUAUUCCUCUUUAUUUUGAUCUUAUUUUUGCAUUUAAACAAAAUGAAGAACUUUUAUGUGGAAUAUUAUCACGUAUUCUUCAAACAAUUCAAAAAUUAUCAUAUUUUUAUCCAUUUGUAUAUGUUCUUACAAAUAAUGCUCAAUUUAAUAAUGAUUCGAAUCUUAAUAUAAUUCCAUCACCAUUUAUUGGUCUUGCACGAAGUUUAAUAACUGAAUAUGAACGAAAUCGAUUAAAACCUAUUGAUCUUCAAACAUCAUUAAAUAAUGAAUUAAUAUUUAUUCAUACUUUGAUAGAAUAUAUGAAUAAUUCAAGUUGUUCUUCGUCUUAA